UCGACAGUAACAUGGAAGACCAUCCUGGACUGAGAUUUACAGCGAGCAGAGAAUAACUGCUGAAUGAUCCAUUAACCUGCCUAACCUAAUACAUUUAACUCGUUUAUUUCUUAAGAAAGGUGUUUUUGUGAGGUAAUGAGGAUGCUGGGCAUGUACGUGCCGGACAGAUUCGUGCUGAAGUCCUCUAAAGUUCAGGACGGGAUGGGGUUGUACACUGCCAGAGCAGUCCAGAAGGGCGAGAAGUUUGGUCCAUUUGCAGGUGAGAAGCGGAUGCUGAGUGAUUUGGAUGAAAGCAUGGAUCCAAGACUGAUGUGGGAGGUUCGAGGGAAUAAAGGUGACGUAAUGUAUAUUCUUGAUGCCAGUAAUCCUCGUCAUGCCAACUGGCUCCGCUUCGUCCAUCAGGCCCCCUCACAGGAGCAGAAGAACCUGGCUGCCAUUCAGGAUGGAGAGAAUAUUUUCUAUCUGGCUGUGGAUGACAUUGAGAUGGAUACAGAGCUUCUGAUUGGUUACCUGGACAGUGACAUGGAAGAGGAAGAAGAGGAUGAUGAGGAAGAUGAGGACUUCAAAGAUGAAAAUGAGAACAGUAAAGACACCAAACACCUCAGCACAGAAACAGAGUUGGUGAUCAAGAAGGAAGAUUACCCAUGUCUACUGUGUGAGAGCAGUUUCCCUGGUGAAGACGUGCUAGCUGAACAUCUACAGAGUCUUCAUCACAGAGGAAGUGCCGGAGACAAAGAGUUUAAAUGCCGUUCAUGUGGAAAAGAGUUUCCUGUCAAACAGGCCCUGCAACGGCAGUCAGUACCACACACACACAUACAGUUCAUUAGUGUUUCAUGUGUAGUAAUGCUGAAGUAUUGUUGUUUGUUUUGUAGUGUUCUUCACUGUACUGAGAGCUUGGCUUCAUCAAUAGACCCUUCAAAAGCUCAUCAGUGUGCUCUGUGUCACAGCACCUUCUCUUCAGAGUCCAGUUUUGAGCAGCAUAAAGAGGCGUGUAAAGGAGAUGACCGGUUCAUCUGUAAGGCUGAGAGCUGUGGCAAAAGAUUCAAGAGUAAAGAUGUCCUGAAGAAACACAAAGUCAACGUACACACAGGGAGUGCUCGCAGGAAGUUGAUAUGCACUAUCUGUAAUAAGAAGUGCUCAUCCUCACUCAACCUGCAGGAGCAUCGCAAGGUUCAUGAGAUAUUUGACUGUACUGCCUGCAAUAAAAAGUUCAUCUCCACGAAUCAACUGAAGCGACACAUGAUCACACACUCUGAAAAGCGUCCAUACACCUGUGAGAUCUGCAGCCGAAGUUUCAAGCGUCUGGAUCAGGCCACGGCCCAUAAGAUCAUCCACAGUGAAGACAAACCGUACAAGUGUAAGCUGUGCUGGAAAGAGUUCGCCCAUCGGAACGUCUACAAGAACCAUAAGAAGACCCAUUCCGAGGAGAGGCCGUUCCAGUGUGAGGAGUGUAAAGCCCUGUUCCGCACCCCAUUCUCCUUACAGCGCCAUCUCCUCAUUCAUAACAGUGAGAGAACGUUUAAGUGCGACCACUGUGACGCCACCUUCAAGCGUAAGGACACGCUCAAUGUGCACAUUCAGGUGGUACAUGACGGACACAAGAAGUACAAGUGUGACCUGUGUGAAAAGGCCUUUGUCACGCCCUCUGUACUCAAGAGCCACAAGAAGACCCAUACAGGAGAGAAGGAGAAGAUCUGCCCAUACUGUGGUCAGAAGUUUGCCAGUAACGGGACUCUGAGAGUGCACAUCCGCAGCCACACAGGGGAGCGACCGUAUCAGUGUCCAUACUGUGACAAGGCCUUCAGCAAGAACGACGGCCUUAAAAUGCAUAUACGUACGCACACUCGGGAAAAACCUUAUAAAUGCAGCGAGUGCAACAAGGCCUUUAGUCAGAAACGCGGCCUGGACGAACAUAUGCGCACACACACCGGAGAGAAACCCUUCCAGUGUGACGUGUGCGACCUGUCGUUCAGUCUGAAGAAGAUGUUGAUCAGACACAAGCUGACCCAUAACCCAAACAGACCCAUGGCUGAAUGCUCACUGUGCCACAAGAAAUUCACCCGCAAUGACUACCUCAAAGUCCAUAUGGAGAAUGUCCACGGAGAGACAGAAGGAUAGGAAAUCAUACACAAUAACCGCACAUACAGUAUUUACAGUCGCACACGUUCAAAUCAUGUCUGCAACAGCUAUACAAAGGAUGCAUACAUAGAGUUAGUAUAUACAACACAGAUUUACAAGCACAUUGAUAUACUUUCACAAAUGUGCUCAUUGCACACACUCUAAUUCCAUUCCAAAGAUCUGCAUUAUCCACAUGUAUGGAAAGCAUGAAAAUGUGCAAUUGUACAGAGAUUUACAAACAAAGUAUAUCCAUUAUAUUGCUACAUUUCCUUUUUCUAUAAUGUCUGUUAUUCAUAGUUUUUAAUAAAUGUUGCGUGACCAAAGACCAUGUUUUGUGAAUUUUCUACAACCUUGUUUGUUGUUUUUAAAUGUUGUUUGCAUUUAACUGUAUAAUUCAAUAUUUAUCAUGUUAUAUUUGAAGUACAGUAUUACUUAAGGUU